AUGUCGGUUGUUUCGUCCUCCGUGUCUUCGAGGCAGCCUAGCCGUCGGGGCAGUCCUGCGAGAGCCCCGGUCACCAACGAGAAGACUUUUAUGGCUACCAAUGCGCCGGAGGCGUUCCCAGACAUCAAGACCAUCCGUGAUGCCAUCCCCGCGCACUGCUUCGAGUCAUCCACGGCUCACUCCAUGGCCUACGUCGUCCGCGACUACGCCAUGGCCUUCGUGCUUGGCUGGGCUGGGCUUACCUACAUCCCCAACCUUGAGAGCACACUGCUGCGCACAGCCGCCUGGAUCGCCUACGGCUACGCUCAGGGCUUGGUGCUGACGGGUAUCUGGAUUCUGGGCCAUGAGGCCGGUCACGGCGCCUUUUCACCGCACGGCCUGCUCAACGACAUCGUCGGCUGGUUGCUCCACUCGAGCUUGAUGGUGCCGUAUUUUUCAUGGAAAUUCUCGCACCACCGUCACCACCGCUUCACCGGCCACAUGGAGAAAGACAUGGUCUUUGUCCCGCGCACCACGCCUACCAGCGAGAUGAAGCCCGGCAUUGCCACGCUUUGGUUCGACCCUGAGCUUGUUGAGGACACCCCGUUGGUCCAGAUGCUGCAGCUCAUUGCCCACCAGCUUGCGGGUUGGCAGAUGUACUUGCUGUUCAACCUGUCGGCUGGUGAUGACAGUAAACAGCGUGAGGCCCCCUGGUACCGCUUAAGCCACUUCGAGCCCACCAGCGCCGUCUUCCGUCCAAGUGAGGCCUUGUUCAUUGCCCUGUCCGACAUUGGCCUGCUUCUGAUGGCCGGUAUCCUCUACAUCGGGUCCACUUAUGUUGGCUGGUCGACUGUCGUCUUCAUGUACGUCGUGCCCUACAUGUGGGUGCACCACUGGCUGAUUGCCAUCACCUACCUCCACCACAACCACCCGGAUGUCCACCACUAUGAUGCCGAGAGCUGGACCUACGUCAAGGGAGCCUUGGCCACGGUUGACCGCGACUUCGGCUGGGUCGGCCGCCAUCUCUUUCACGGCAUCAUCGACACCCAUGUCGUCCACCACCUUUUCCCUCGCAUCCCAUUCUACAAGCAGGAAGAGGCGACAGCUGCCAUUCGCCCUCUCCUGGGUAACUUCUUGCACCGCGAGACCCGGUCCUUUAUCGGCCAGUUGUGGUCCACUUGGAACACCUGCAAGUACGUCGUACCGGACCCGAACGUUCCUGGUGCCAUGAAGUGGGCCGAGUAG